AUGGGAGUUGAAGUUGCGACCCGGAAAUGUAUGGGUGUGGAGUGUGCGAACAAUGCCGGAAGUUUGCAAUGUCCAACGUGCUUGAAGAUGGGCACUGAUAGCUUCUUCUGCUCGCAAGAUUGUUUCAAGCGGAGCUGGAGUGAACACAAGGCUAUCCAUAAAUCGAAGAGUAAUAUCCUGUCCAACCUCUUCCCUCCGAAGGUAGUUUCUGAACCUGAUCCAGCCACGGGACAUUUCAAUCCAUUUCCUUCGUUCCAAUUUACCGGCUCUCUGAGACCCGUCUAUCCUCUGUCUCCCAUGCGAACGGUUCCCAAGUCUAUCCCUCACCCCGAUUACGCCAAGGAUGGUAUCCCUCGCUCAGAGCAGAAGUUUGUAGGCCGUCACAACAUCACCAUCUUGAAUAAGGAACAGCAAGAAGGGAUGAGGAAGGUCUGCCGUCUGGCUCGAGAGGUGCUGGACAUUGCCGCGAGGGAGGUCAGACCAGGUGUUACGACCGACUACAUCGAUGAAGUUGUGCACAAGGCAUGCUUGGAGCGUAAUGUAAGUGGCUGUCUUUUCGUUCGGAAAGAGCAAAGGAAACGGUCCCAGUCUAAUAUGUCUCAGUCCUAUCCUUCGCCUCUCAACUACAUGCAUUUUCCUAAAUCCGUAUGUACAUCCGUCAACGAGACAAUCUGUCACGGCAUCCCCGAUCAGCGCCCUCUUGAGGAUGGAGACAUCAUCAACAUUGAUGUUACCCUGUAUCACAACGGCUUCCACGGCGAUCUCAAUGAGACGUACUACGUUGGUGAUAAGGCUCGUGCGAACCCAGACGCUGUACGCGUUGUAGAAACGUCUCGAGAAUGCUUAGAGAAAGCGAUUGAAUUGGUCAAGCCCGGCAUGCUCUUCAGAGAGCCAGGCAACGUCAUUGAAAAGCUUGCAAAGAGCCGGAAUUGCAGUGUGGUCAAAUCCUACUGUGGCCAUGGCAUCAACCAGCUGUUCCACUGUGCUCCCAACGUUCCCCACUACGCAAAGAACAAGGCUGUCGGAACGGCCAAGCCUGGCAUGUGCUUCACCAUCGAACCCAUGAUCAACAUCGGUACUCACCGUGACCGGACAUGGCCUGACGACUGGACCAGCACUACAGCAGACGGUUCCUUGUCUGCGCAAUUUGAGCACACGCUUCUCGUCACUGAGGAUGGUGUGGAAGUUUUGACUGCUCGUCUACCUGAUUCACCCGGUGGACCCAUUCCGAUGCCCGUCACCGAGGAUGCGAAGACGGCUGAGAAUUGA